GCUGUCGACUUGUUUCUGCCACUUUGGGAGAUGAUGAGGCUCUCAGAUGGAGGCAGUGUGUGAGCAGCUCCAUGGAGGUGCUGAGGAGGAGGAGGAGGAGGAGGAGGCAGGAGAAGAUGAAGCCAUGCUGUGGUCCCUCCAGGAGGCUCUGGAGAGGCAGACCCUGCAGAUAGGAGCCUCAGCCUGCGGGGCCACAGCUGUGGUGGACGUCUUGAAGGCCCUCGGUGUGGACGUGGCCCCUGAGGAAGCAGACCGAUGCGUCCAAACGCGCCUGAGGAGGACAGAGUCCCCGCUGCCGGACUAUCUGCUGUCCCGCAGUGAAGCAGGAGCGACUCACGCUCAGCUCAUCCAGGGAGCACAGGAGGCCAGCGAAGGGAAGGUCAUAGGUCGCUUCUUCCACCUCCACCCUCGGCGGCUGCUCCGACUGGUCCCCUGGCUCGCACGCUGGAUCCGCCGCGGUGCUGUUCCCGUGGCGACCAUGAACAUGCAGCUGGCUGUGCCGGACGGAGAGGAGGUGCCCGACGCCUGGCACCAUCAGCUCAUAUUCGGCGUUGCUUCUCAUGCUGUUUUCAUGACCAACCCUUUAGAUGUAGUAAGUGAAGAAGAAGUGCAUCAGAGACUCUGCAGCGAAUCCGUGUUGCUGAUUCGCCGAGAAGACGUCCUGCAGAGACUGCUGCCAGAUUGCUGCGUGUCCAGCUUAUCAGAGAGCCAGACAGACUCACGCUGGAAAGCCCUGGAUGUUGAGGGUCAAGUGAGGCAGAUGGUGCUCGAGGAGGAACAGGAACAAGAUCAGCCCAAGUUAACACACAUCACAAUCCCUGCAGCGUACAGUUCAGGCAUCACACUCUUCGCUAUAAAGGAGUCAGAGCUGGGAAAAGAACUCCUCGACGCUCCUGAUCUCCCUUUGUUGUGACUGGACUGCUGCUCAUAGACCCAUACGGUGAAAAGGUCUAGGUGCUGUAUAAAUACUGUGAAAGAAUCAAUAGAAAAUUCACGCAGCUGGUGUUUAAAAACUGUGCAUUUGAACGCACCGUCAGGACUUCUUCUUUUUUUUGUGUGUAUUUAUUUUUAUUGUUCUCAUAACAGAAAAAUAUAUACAAAUUAGAAAUAGUUGGUGGAGCGACACAGAACCAUACAUGUUUUUUGACAUGAGACAAACAAAACACGGGUAUAAAAUAAAUGGCACAGCAACAGAAUAGCACUAAUGUUUUUAGACAUUAAAUCAAGAAAAGGUUGCCGGAUUUUAAAAAAGAUAUCCUCUUUAGCAGAUAUGAUGUACCUGAUUUUCUCCAGGUGUAAUACAUUUCCCAGCUCUCUCAACCACAUUUCAAAUGUAGGAGCCCUAUCAGAUUUCCAAGACUGUAAAAUUAACUUUCUGGCUAACAAUGUUGAAAGGGAGAUAGCUAUAGCUUCACAACUACUUUUCACACUAUCUGGAUUAGCCACUUAGGACUUCUUUAAGAGAGAUUUUGAAGACGGAGAACCACUGGAAGCA